GCGGCUCCCGCCCGCCGCCUUCCAGGAGUUUCUCUUCCCGUGUCUCUCCCGCCUCCUUCCCACCCAAGCCAAUGGCAGGGCGCCGCCCUCACCCUUCCGGAGCCCCCCCGCAGUGGCGUCGGCUAGCGACGAUGGACGCCGAGGUGCAGCAGGCGCUGCUCAAUUACUACUGCCAGGAGGGGCUGUUCCAGCACGCCCGGGCCGCGGCGGACGAGGCGCUGGCACGGCUGGGCGCGGAGCCCGUGCUGCUCUUCUACCGGGCCUACGGCGCGCUGAGGGCAGGUGAUGUCCAAGAAAGUAUUCGACAGCUGGAGUCUAUUAAAAACAAACCAGAGGUGUCACUUUGUACAAUGAUGGCUCUGAUUUAUGCCCAUAAAAAGAGCCCUAAUCCAGAUCGAGACGCGAUUGUGGAGCUGGACGCACGGCUGAAGGAGCAGCGCAAGGCAGCGGGACAGCAGGCUCUGUACUAUGCUGGCUUGUUCCUGUGGCACCUUGGUCGUGAGGACAAGGCCCGGGAAUACGUUGAUAGAAUGAUCAGAGUUUCUGGUGGUGGUAAAGAGGGGUUAAUUUUGAAGGCAUGGCUUGAUCUCACCUGUGGGAAAGAAACUCACAUUAAAAAAGCUCUGAAAUACUUUGAUGAAGCACUGCAGGAAGGCAAUGAUGUUUUUGCACUGCUUGGUAAAGUGCAAUAUUUUGAGGUCCGACAGAAUUACUCAGGAGCUCUGGAUAUUGUGAACCAGAUAAUUGCAAACUUCCCUAACUUCAUUCCUGCUUUCAUAAAGAAAAUGAAGCUACAGCUUGCCUUGCAGGACUGGGAGCAGACAAUUGAAACAGCGCAUAGACUGUUGCAGAAAGAUCCCCUCAAUUUAGAAGCCAUAAGAAUGGAGGCCCUGCAUCAUCUGUGCAGGGGAGGAAAUAUAUCUGAGGCUUCAGCAAGACUGGGAGACCUGAUUAAAGCACUGGAUAGAUUAGAACCACGUAAUUCUGAACUAUUCUGUAAAAUGGCUUUAGCUUUCAGUAGAACAUGUGGCCGGAACCAGCUCAUCCUUCAGCACACACAGACCUUAGUACAAAGAGCAUUUGAUUUGGCAUCUGACAAUGCAGAAUUUGCUACUGAACUUGGCUACCAAAUGAUCUUACAAGGGAAAGUGAAGGAAGCUCAAAAAUGGUACAAGACUGCUAUGACACUUGAUGAAACAAGUGUUUCUGCACUAACUGGAAUUAUCCGUUGCCAGCUAAUGCAAGGGCAAUUAGAAGAUGCAGAGCAUCAGUUGGAGUUUCUUAAUGAAAUUCAGCAGUCCAUUGGGAAAUCUGGGGAAUUAUCUUUCCUGCAUGCAGUCCUAGCUAUGAAAAAACAUAAGAGACAAGAAGACAUUUUUGCUUUAUUGAAUGAUGUUCUGGAUACUCACUUUUCAUCUUUGCAUGGAUUUCCUCUUGGUGUGGAGUAUUUUGAAAAACUAAACCCUGAUUUCUUGCUAGAAAUUAUUAGAGAAUAUCUUAAUUUUUGUCCAGCACAGCCUGCAAGUCCUGGGCAGUCUCCUUCACCACUUCUCAAGCACUGUGCUUCCGUUCUUGAAACCGUUGUAAAAACGGUGCCUGGUCUUCAACAAGCUGUCUUUUUAUUUGCAAAAGUGAAGUACUUGUCAGGGGAUAUUGAAGCAGCCCAUAGCAAUUUACAUUACUGUCUGGAAAGGAACCCUUCUUAUGCAGAGGCACAUUUACUGAUGGCCCAAGUUUAUUUGGCCCAAAACAAUAUCAAGCUAUGUUCUCAGUCCUUGGAACUUUGUCUAAGCCAUAAUUUUGAGGUGAGAGAACAUCCUAUGUAUCACUUAAUUAAGGCCCAAACCCAAAAGAAGGUGGGAGAAAUAUCAGAAGCUAUUAAAACCUUACAGAUGGCAAGGAAUUUGCCUGGAAUGAGAAAACCUAUAGCUUCCACAAAAACAAAAGGAAAAAGUAUUGAAAUUGAUGCAAGUGAUCGUGUGUCUGUGUUCCUAGAGUUGGUAGAAGCUCAUCGCUUGAAUGGAGAACCGCAUGAAGCUGCUAUAGUCAUCCAAGAUGCCAUGAAUGAAUUUUCUGGAACACCCGAGGAGCUAAGGGUUGUGAUUGCAAAUGCAGAUCUGGCAAUUGCUCAAGGAGAUGUGAAACAUGCCUUGACUAUGCUCCGCAAUAUUACACCUGAACAGCCUUACUUUGUACAAGCUAAAGAAAAAAUGGCAGAUAUUUAUCUUCAGUAUAGGAAAGAUAAGAAGUUGUAUGCUGCCUGCUAUAGUGACCUAGUAGAAAAACUGCCAAGUGCUCAUACUUUUCUUCUUCUUGGUGAUGCAUACAUGAAUAUUCAAGAGCCUGAUGAAGCCAUAGAAGCCUACGAGCAGGCCUUGAAGAAAAAUCCAAAAGAUCCAUCUUUAGCAAGUAAAAUUGGAAAAGCCCUAAUCAAAACACAUAACUACUCAAAGGCAAUCAGUUACUAUGAGGCUGCAGUGAGAAGUGGUCAGCAGAACUUCCUUUGCUAUGAUUUGGCUAAGCUUUUAAUGAAACUGAAGCAGUAUGAACAGGCAGAAGAAAUACUUCAGCAAGCUUUAGACCAUGACCCUGUUAAUGAAUUGUCUUCUUUGAUGGAAGAUGUACGUUACCAAGUACUUCUGGCAAAAAUUUACAGCAAAAUGGAGAGGAUUGACAGAGCUAUAGUUUCAUUACAGCAGGCUCGGGAGUUACAAGGCAGAGUGCUGAAGCGGGCUCAAGUAGAGCAGCUGGAUGCAGUUCCUGCUCAGAAACAGUUAGCAGCUGAGAUUUCUGCUGAGAUUGCAAAACAUUCAACAGCCCAGCGAAACUAUGAAAAAGCAAUUAGAUUUUACAAAGAAGCCCUUGUUCACUGUGAAACCAAUAACAAGGCAAUGUUGGAACUCGCACGUUUAUAUCUUGCACAAGAUGAUACUGAUGCCUGUCAACAUCAGUGUUCCUUACUGCUGAAGAAUGACCAAGAUAAUGAAGCAGCAACGAUGAUGAUGGCAGAUCUCAUGUUCAGGAAGCAAGAUUAUGAACAAGCUGUUUUUCAUUUCCAGCAGCUCCUGGAACGCAAGCCAGAUAACUAUGUCACCCUCUCUCGCUUAAUUGAUCUGUUAAGAAGAGCCGGGAAAUUAGAAGAAGUCCCAAGAUUUCUUUUAAUGGCGGAAAAACAUUCUUCCCGAACAAAGCUUGAACCAGGAUUUCACUACUGCAAAGGACUGUAUCUUUGGUACACAGGUGAACCGAAUGAUGCACUGCGGCAUUUUAAUAAAGCUCGAAAGGACAGUGAGUGGGGACAGAAUGCAAUCUACAACAUGAUUGAAAUUUGUUUGAACCCAGAUAAUGAGACUGUGGGUGGAGAAGUCUUUGAAAAUCUCGAUACUGACAUAGGUAAUUCAACAGAGAAGCAGGAGUCUGUACAGUUGGCUGUAAGAACAGCAGGAAACCUGCUGAAGGAGCUCAAGCCUCAAACCAUUCACGGUCACAUUCAGCUGCGAGUCAUGGAGAAUCAUUGUCUCAUGGCAACCAAACAAAAAUCAAGUGCUGAACAAGCACUGAACAGUUUCGCAGAAAUAGUUGAGGCUGAGAGGGAUCAUAUACCAGCACUUUUUGGAAUGGCCACAGCCUACAUGAUCUUGAAACAGACUCCAAGAGCCAGAAAUCAUUUAAAACGGAUUGCAAAAAUGAGCUGGAAUCCCGUUGAUGCAGAGGAGCUUGAAAAGAGUUGGCUUCUGCUUGCAGAUAUAUACAUUCAAUCUGCCAAAUAUGAUAUGGCAGGUGAGCUUCUAAAACGGUGCCUUCGUCAUAACAGGUCAUGCUGCAAGGCUUAUGAAUACAUGGGAUACAUAAUGGAAAAGGAACAGGCAUAUAAGGAUGCAGCAGUAAAUUACGAGAUGGCCUGGAAAUAUGGAAACCAGACGAAUCCAACAGUAGGCUACAGGCUGGCUUUCAAUUACCUGAAAGGGAAGAGAUAUGUUGAUGCAAUUGAUGUUUGCCAUAAGGUCCUUAAAAUGCAUCCAAACUAUCCGAAGAUCAGGAAGGAGAUACUGGACAAGGCCCGAGCAUCUCUAAGAAACUGAAUUUGUUUUUCAUGACUCAUGGAGUUAACCAGACUUUGGAAACUAUGAAUGAAAUACUGCAGUGACAGAGACCACGUCAGCAAAAAAUACUGUGGAUAUGAUGAAUUUAACUAUAUUAGAGAUCUGGAUUAUAUUUAUGAAAAGUCUGCAACCUUGAAAGAAAUUAUAUUUUUUCUUAUUCAGGAAAGAAUACCGUUCCCACCUGUGUUUUGUAAAGUGUUAUCAUAACAAAGUGUUAUUGGCAUUAUAAAAACGUUUUAAAGAUAUAACUCCAUAUUUUGUUGUGUUUAUUUGAAGCAACACUAAAACAACAACCUGUCUUAUCUACUGGAGAUGCAUUGUUAAGAAAAGGGAAUUCGUAAUGGUAGUGAUUAGGUUUAUAUAUUUUGUAAGCAAGUUUUUGGCUUUUCCUGUUGACAUUGUGUAAAGUUACUUUCAGUUUGAUUCUUUGGGUUUCUUUUAGGACAACUCAAGGCUAACAAAGGAGCCUGUUUGCUGUUGUAUCUAAUCUUGCUUAUCAAUAACUGGGUGCUGUAUCUUGGGGAAUUUUUAGCCUUGUUUUCCGAAUGCAUUGAGCUGCAUCACUUAGACAAUGAUGCUGCCUGCUGGUGGUUGCUAGGUCCUGCAUAGUGACUUUGGAGCUGUUGGUCAGCUCAACUAAAAUGAACAGAUGUGUCUCAGGACUGUAACACUUCUGCAAGAUUUGUGUGCAUAUCAGAAGGGAGAAGAGACUUAAGUCACCUCUUCUUCCCUAGCAGUCUUUGAAACUUAGAGUGUGGCUUUGUCCUUUCUGUUUGAGCACUAUCAGUCAGUCUGUACAUGACUGCCCCCUGCUCCUUUCCUGUACGUUUGCAGCAUGACGGAGCUCAGAGGAGGAAGAUUUAGUGUACUGAGGAAAAACUGAUGGUAUGGAGUGGAAUGAGGAACAUGGAAAGAUCUGGAGAAUGCUGAGGAUGGGGGAACUCUGACAGGUGGGUUGUGGGGGUCAGUAUGUUAUAAAUAGUUUAUAACAUUGGUGGCGUUUUUUCUCUAUAAAAAGAAUAAGUACUGAGGCAGCUUCUAGUAAAACAACAUUUCCUUGUACACAGCCUUAUUCAUGCAAGAUCAAUGUGUUGUUGCUUCCUGGAUAGCAUAGGAAUAACAUUUAGCUGAAGUUCAGAGUAAAAACAGGUACAAGAUGUUUUCAAAAACGUCCAGACACCUGCAUCUGAUUUUUCUCAUAAGAUGGACAUUAGCCUUUCAUAAGGUGUGACAGAUUCAGUCAUGACAAUGGUAAGGUACAGAAAUUAGUUGAUAGAAAUUAAACUGAGACUUCAAGUUUGGUGACAAGUUUUAUGUAUACCCCGUGCAGGUAGGAUUUCUGAAUUCCCAUUAGCCAUCUACGCACUGGUGUCUUUUUAUAUCUGAGGUUUUUAAAAUAGGAGUACAAAUGAGACAUGCCUUUGAAUUUAAAUAUUUUUUGAAAAGGGUCUAAGUAGUCUUUCAGAAAAAACCUUGCUUUAAUAUAAUAUCUUUUUGGUUUAUGUAAGCCAGUUGAAGUUUUCCUGCGCUUUUCUUUAAUUUUUUUUUUUUUUUUUUUUUUACUUUAUCUGCAGAAGAAAUGGUUUGGUGUCAUACCUAUCUGCUUGUACUGUUUCUUACUUUAAAAAUGCAUGUUCUGGUAGUUUGGUGGGGUGUUUUAGCUCCUUAAUAAGUGGAUUUGAAUGGAACAGACUUCUGGGAUGGAGGGGAGUCAGUAAUGCUAAUUUCAAAGCCCUGUACUCUUCAGUGUGAUGUUGCUUAGCAACCCAUCUUCCACUUUUGCCUUUGAUGAAUAAAAGAGGAGAGUGAAGCUGUGGGUUCUAUUGAUUCAUUCACUGGAACUGAAAAUCUAAGCAUCUUGUAGCUAUAGCAACAUAAGCCAUAGGUGUCUCUUCCUCUUCUCUCUUGUCCCCCUUUUCAUCUGCAGGUACAGAAUGCCUAGAAUAUCUUCUAAAGGAAAUAAAAUGAUUUUUGGUAACCUUGUGCUAAAUACCAUUUCCUGGUUUAAUUUGCAACCAUUUUUUAGAUUUAUAGAAUGCUAAAAAGAUGGUCUAGGAAGUAUCUAGGAAGUAUUAGGCAAAAUUUAUUAGUAUAAAUAGCUAAAAGUAACUAAACUAGUAAGAUCCUUAACAAAAAUAGAGUGGAAGGAAUUUGAAGGGGUUUUUUUUCCCAUUUCUGGACUAGGUUUGACUAUUGCAAAUUUCUCAAAUAUGGCUACAGCAAUUUUUAGAAAGGCUGUAGACUUCCUAAAAUCAGGCAGCUCUGGUUUAGUAACCUAAAAUUUAAUCUUUUUAUUCAUUAAAUGAGUGAGUAGUUUUAUAAACAUACUUUAAACAGAGCUUAUAAUGUUAGACAAUUUGCUGAAGAUUUUCUUUGAAAGGUGACAUUUCAGGAAAGUCUCAGUGGCAGUGGAUUCUGGCUCCUCAGAAGGUGAUGAUAAAGAACUCAUUAAUGGGUUCCAUAUACAGUGCUGAACAGGGGGAAAAGAGGAAAAUAAGAAAAUAUUUCACUAGCAAGUACUUCUCCAUCAGCUCAUGACUAUGCCACUUCUCAAAGAUGAUAACAGUGGUUUUGCUGUCUAGCUUCAUUUGCUCUGUGGUUUUUACCUCUUGCUUUGUCUUUCAAUGUAAUUAGAACUCUUUGGGUUUUGCAACAUUGACCUGCCAUAAAAUGUAAAGAAUUGGACCAUUACUGCAAAAAUCUCAUGCUUCUGUCUCUGCUAAAAGUUGUUCCUAAUUAUGUGACAUGGUGCUUGCUAAAAGAGAAGCUGUGUGAAUGGUC